UGAUCAACAUUUUGGAUACGAGCACGGUGCAGUGAAGUAUCCACCCGUGAAACAGAUCAUAACAUCAUAACCGUUCCAGAAAUGAUUGCAAUUCUACGGCGAAUCAAUGGUGCGCGAAGCUUUUGCACACAACCACUUCCUCAACUGAUCGAUUCCCUCGCAUCGACCGUUACCGGUCUAGAUAAGCCAACGUUGAAUAAGUUAUUUGAAUCUUCACCGGAACUAACCCGAUAUGGGCCCGCUCAGUGGCAGCGGCUCCAUCAGUUCAUGAAACAGGAAGGUAUUGAAAUGCCUCAUUUCCUGUCGAUAGUAGCCGGUAAUCCGGAACUGCUGGCACGAUCUACCGAUCAAAUUAGCAACAGUAUGAAUUGCUGGCGGUCCUGCCAGUUCGGGGACAAACACACGCAGGCAUUACUGUCGGCCCAUCCUCAACUACUAGACUUAACAGACCACAAUCAACUGGCUCAACGAAUGACCUUUCUGUAUUCACACUUCGAGACGCGCAAAAACGUUUGGCGUUUAUUUUUAAACUGUCCCAACCUGGUAACGGACAGUUCCACAACGAUACAGGCUAAAAUCGAUUACUUUCUGCAGCGAAUGCGAGUCGAGGUUCUGGAGGUGGUUAAAUCUUGUGCAUUUGCUGCCGACUUAGACAAAAUCCGCUGCCGUCAUGUGUUUCUUGAACGACUUGGGUUAUUUAAACCAAGAAAGCUAAAAGCCGAUCCCGGAGAACCAAGCGACAAUCCGAAACUACACCAAAUAACAGAUACCACGGAUAAACGGUUUGCCGUGAAGGUUGCUUACGUCACACUGGAAGAGUUUGAGGUGUUUCAGGAAUUGUUCGAAAAAGAACGAAACCGGGCCGAGAACAGAGAUGAUGAAUUCAGCAAACAAGAGGACGAAAGUUUCGAUGACGAUGAUCGGAUAGAUGCUGACAGCGAAGCAAGAAAACUAAAGUAUCGAAAGACACCACGAAGAAAGCAUGCGAAACGUUAGAUCAUUACCCUAGGAUUUCUUUGCAAAUAAACAAAGCUCUGUUUUGCGAUAGUU